UCGCAAUUCAACUCUCUCUCUCUCUCUCUCUCUCUCUCUAUAUCGCUCGCUCUUGAAUUUCUUCACUGUGCUCUGAGUUUGAUUCUUUGGUUAUUGUUUGUUUUAACAUACAGUUUCACGAAUUUCUUUUAUUCAAGUUUUUGCAGGGGUUUCUUUCUGCUGCAGCGCCGCAUUGAUCUGUUAUAUCUUUUUUUUUUUUACUGUUCUUUUUGUGCAUUAUUGUUUUGUUUUUGGAAAAUUAACGUUAUGGAUGCAGGAUCUUUGAAUAGUUCUUCUUCUAAAUCUAACAACACUCGCUUUCCCCUUCAAGAACAGCAACUUCAGAAAAAGCAUUCCAAAGAAAAUUUGGAUAGGUUUAUUCCGAAUCGAUCGGCUAUGGAUUUUGAUUAUGCGCAUUAUAUGGUUACUGAGGGGAUGAAAGGUAAGGAAAAUCCUUCUGUCAGUUCGCCGUCUAAGGAAGCUUAUCAGAAGCGGUUGGCUGAGACACUGAACAUGAAUCGAACUCGAAUCCUUGCGUUCAAGAACAAACCUCCCGCACCAGUUGAGUUGAUACCUAAGGAGUUCUUCUCCUCUGUUUCUCAUGAUAAACCCGUCAAGGCCCGUCGUCAUAUCCCUCAGACCUCUGAAAAGACAUUGGAUGCUCCUGAUCUUGUUGAUGAUUACUACUUGAACUUAUUGGAUUGGGGCAGCACCAAUGUGCUUGCUAUAGCUCUUGGGAACUCUGUCUAUUUGUGGAAUGGACAAGAUGGCUCUACUUCAGAACUUGUAACGGUUGAUGACGAAGUUGGUCCUGUAACAAGUGUGAAUUGGGCACCUGAUGGAAGACAUGUUGCUGUUGGAUUGAACAAUUCUGAAGUACAGCUUUGGGAUUCACUAUCGAAUAGACAGCUAAGAACUUUGAGGGGUGGCCAUAGGAUGCGAGUGGGCUCACUGGCAUGGAACAAUCACAUUCUCACAACUGGAGGAAUGGACGGGAAGAUCAUUAACAAUGAUGUGAGAAUUAGAGAUCACAUAGUGGAAACUUAUAGAGGCCACGAUCAAGAGGUUUGUGGGCUUAAAUGGUCAUUAUCUGGACAACAAUUAGCAAGUGGAGGAAAUGACAAUGUCCUCCAUAUCUGGGACAAAGCAACAGCAUCUUCAAACUCAGCUACCCAAUGGCUUCAUAGGCUUGAGGAUCAUACUUCUGCAGUCAAGGCUCUUGCAUGGUGUCCAUUCCAAGGCAACUUGCUCGCAUCUGGUGGAGGCAGUGGAGAUCGUUCCAUUAAGUUUUGGAACACCCACACUGGAGCAUGUUUGAAUUCUGUUGAUACUGGCUCUCAAGUGUGUGCUCUACUAUGGAAUAAAAAUGAGAGAGAACUGCUCAGCUCCCAUGGGUUCGCUCAGAACCAGCUCACUCUUUGGAAAUACCCUUCAAUGGUGAAGAUGGGAGAGCUCACUGGUCAUACAUCAAGAGUUCUCUUCAUGGCUCAGAGUCCAGACGGGUGCACCGUGGCUUCAGCAGCAGCAGAUGAAACAUUGAGAUUAUGGCAUGUUUUUGGAGCUCCUGAAGUAGCUAAACCUACUCCAAAAUCCUAUAAUACAGAACCGUUUGCUCAUAUCAAUCGUAUUCGAUAAAUUUUGUGUGUACAUACUUUCUCAAUACAUAUCAUACGUAGGAAAACCUCAAAUUAGGUUGACAAAGAAGGAUUUUAGGUUACAACAUCUUUGUUGUAUUUGUUAUAUAGUCAUAAGAGAGAUUAUUUUUUCUUCUUUUUUUUGUGGACAGGCAUAAGAGAAUGCCUUUGUAAUGUACUUCGCAAAUAAAGUUUACCAGAAUAAUAAUAAUAAUAAUAAUGUGAUCUUUAAUUUAA